AUGUCGGGUCGUAGCGCGUACGUCAGAAAGAAGAUCACCGAGCCGAAGCCGGGCGACAGAGGUUCGUCUGCCGUACGAGGGCGCGCAAAAUCAGCAGGAAGCUCUCGGUUCCCCGAGCGCGAUGAUGUCUCGGUCAACGAAUAUCCUUUGCCACAGGGCACCGGAUACGGAACGACGAAUGCACGCUUCCUCAAGUUCUCCGAGCCGGCGAGGGAUAACCGAGAGACCGACUCGGCGAUCUAUCGCACCGAGAACACGAAUUUCAGCAGCAACAACAGCAGUGGGAGCCAGAGCGGUGGCAGUGACGCGGGGAGAAGAGAUGCUGGUACCCCAGGGACUCCUCGAGGGCCGAUGCCUGACUUUGCAUAUGCGAGGGCCAGGAAGCCGGUGCUGAAGACCGAAGAUGUGUCGGGAAUCGAGCGGUCCGGCUUCCGCAGCGCCGUCGACAAAAAGAGCGACGGGUUCCGCAAAGGGCUUACCAAAGCCUUCACGUUUGGGGGCAAGAAGAAGAAAGGAGGGGAUGUGGCCUUUCGAUCUCCGUCGUCGGCCACUAUCAGACCGUACAGCGACGUGGAAAACAUGGACGCGAACGAGCUGUUCCCAAUGCCCGUGCCGAACCCGCAGUCCGGAACGUGGGAUCCAGAGUACCAGCAGAUGGUAUCACCACCGCCAUCGGCCAAACUACCACCGCUCCCGCCUCCGGCCAUCACGCCACCGACCAAGCGGUGGAUCGGGGCCGGCAGACCAGUGCAGAGGUGGAACAAGCUCCGGAAGGAUCCCGAGCUCUGGGAUCCCAACGGCGACGUCCUGGUCUACUUCGGCCGCAAGGGCCAGCUGCAACGACCGCACCCGUCCUUCCGUCUCUCAUCCCAUAUUAUCGAGGCGACCGAAUCUCGCUUCCUCGUCACCCUACUCCGUGAAGGCUCUACCGACGAUGAUUAUGACACGCAAGCGGACAUGCCGCCGUCCCCGGUUGGGGCGCCGCCAAUGGUACAGCAUUCGCAACUUGGCUACAACCUCGGUCGAGCCGGGCAGCCCACGCCACCGGUCUCCGAGGAUGCCAGCCUCACGGACACCGAUGGCCAGAUCUCGUAUGAGAUCUACUUACCCACGCCUCCCAACCUGACCAAGCUCGAAGCCCACCGCCACGCCAUCACCACGCGCAACGUCUUUGCUCUGCUAUACCAUGCGUCGCUCGUGGGGCUGUCGCUAUUUCAGGCCCUGUCGGACCUGCUCGCCCGCCUCGACGGCUACAUGCCGUCCGAGGCAGACAACGUCGGAACCAUCCUCAACUACCUGUCUGCGCGGAGGAUCGACGACGCACGCAACGAUGCCGAGACGGCAGUAUCCAUGCUGGCGUGGUCGGAGACGCCCGAGGUACGGUGGGAGGAAGGCUGGCGAGAAGCAUUCCUGCACUGCGCCGGCAUGUACUCUCUCCUGGAGUCAUGCGCAGACUUCCGCCACGUCACGCCAAUCACACGAGCGCUUCUCGAACGUGCAUGUCUCGAGACACAACUUCGUGUCCAGGCGGCCGAGGAGCGUCUCGCCGAGUUCGCCUACGGGGACAUCUGGCCGGUCACGGGGCCGAUUGCACACAGCGCUUCCCGAGCUGCCGCCGACCGCUUGCAACAGUUCUUCCGUAGCCAUUAUGCCAGGAUUCACGGAAGCUGGCCCCCGCCCGAAACCGAUGCGAGGACCACAGAAGGAGAAGAGAUGUGGCUGACGAGGACCAUGGCCAGGAAGAUGCAGAGGGACUUUGGUGCGUUAUAUGACUACCUGGUCAACCGAGAUGUUGUCUGGGACGAGUCGGAGACACGCAGCAGUCGAAAGUGGAUGAUGGUUUCCGAGAGCGGCAACAAGUCCUUCAGCGCUGACAAGCCCGAUCUGCCACUCACAGAUAUGCUGAUCGAGUUCGACAACCGGAUGCGAUUCCCCCACAUCCCGCACCCCUAUCCCCUCGUGCCCGAGUCGAUACCCCCAACCAACACCCCCGGGUCGGGCAGUGGCCGAGAGAGGCUGCGGAAGGACAGGAGUGCAAAACAGGGAGGCGACGGUCGUACCCUCGAGCGGCGGGUUCACCUGGCGUACACCGAGGCCACCAAUAUAUACGCCUUGGGCUCCGACUUUGCGCAGUCAGCGCUCGUCGAGAACUUUGUCAAGUUCGAGAAAGCCGACCAGAUCGGCGCCCUUGAUCCAUUCUGUGCGCGCCGUGGUCGCUGGGUCCUUAUCUACGGCAUCCUGCAGACCCUCGCCAUCGUCUCGGUCGAUUCUCCCAACGUUCGCUACAAGGACAACGUUUCUUACCACCUCUCACCCCGGCUGAAGGGCACCAAGACGCCUCCAUGGAAAGGGGUGUCGAUGCCUGCCCAGGAAGCAUGUCAUGAGCUUUCGCACUGCUGGACCGCCCCUCACAGCUGGCAUAGCGGCUCCGGGAGCGCCGAGUCUGAUACCUCGGUCAGCUCGAGCACUCGUGAUCCCUUAUCUCGGAUGAUGCGUUCCCAUGUGCAGGGCUUUCAACGCGCGCCCCAACCCUUUGGCAGCCAGUCAAGCAACGCAGGCUGGUAUGCGCUCGGUAUCCAGUCCAGUGGUAUCGCAGCGCCGCCCACGCCCACCACGUGGGGAGGCUCGUCGACCGUGAGCGUCAGCACGUACUCGGAGGACACGGCAUCCAGCGUACGGACACCGACCUCGGCACAGUACCCGAGUCAGACGUACCCGAGUCAGAUGAGCUACAAGAGCACGCGAAGCCGUGGCGGAGGCGGCGAUGGCGGCGCGAAAAGCGAGCGUAGUUUCGCCACGUUUGGGGCCAACGACGGGCGGGCCGACGAAGGUCCAUGGCCACCACGCUCGCAAAGCAUACACCGCGCGAAGCCUCCGGGACCCCUGGACCUCGCGCAAGGCAUGACCGGCGUCGAUGAUUUCCUGGAUGUUAGCCACAGUCCCUCGAGUCCCGAUGUCAAGGGCGAAGCCACGAUGCUCGGCAACUCGGGCAGCUCGGACGGGACGGGACCACUGAUACGAGAUUUCGACGAGUUGGAUCCUGUCGCUGAGUAG